AUGAACAUGAGAGAGAUGUGGAUGCAUUUGCCCGAUGUUCCCGAGAUAUUACGAGGGUGGCUUGAGAUGACGGGUCUUUUUGCCCUUGUUGGAACUAUUUUUUGUUAUUUUGCUACUUGGAAUAUGGUUCAUAUGGAUCACGAUCAAAAGUUACUUCUCGUAAUUCUAAUGUACCUAUACAUCCGUUAUUUUUGGAAGAGGGGUGUGAAACGAUUGCGGGAUAAUGAUUCGGAAAUGACGGGACAUGAAUACACAUUGGAGUUAUUACACCGUAAUCGUUUACAAUGUGUUGAAGUAUUACGCAUGUCCCGUGAAUCUUUUGUACGACUAUGUGCUCAUUUUAGAGCAAAUUACUCAUUAAAGGACAACAAACAUGUAUCAGUUGAGGAAAAGAUGGCUAUGUUUUUGAUGAUGAUCGAACAUAAUCAACGUUACGUGAUUAUCAAGCGGAGAUUUCAACACUCGAAGCAAACAAUUCAUAAAUUUUUUUAUGAAGUGUUGGAAAAAAUGAUGCUUUUCGCACAAGAUGUUAUAGUACCAACAUCUUUUAAUCCGAAUCCAAACAUUCCAGGACAUAAUAGGAGGCUACGAAGGGUUUUCAAAGGAGCAGUUGGUGCACUUGAUGGCACUUUGAUACAUGCUGUUGUCCUUGCUAAGAAACAAGACUUAUAUAGAAGGGUAGCACAUGACUCUAGAAUAUUAUCAGAAGCAGUAGCCGAUCCACAAGCAUCAUUCUCGUUUCCACCACCAGACAAAUAUUAUCUUUGUGAUGCCGCGUAUGCACACCCUCGAGGAUUUAUGGCCCCUUAUCUUAAUGUGAGGUAUUGGCUUGGAGAUUUUCGUCAAAGACGUGCAUUGACCAAUAAAGAAAAAUUUAACCAUGGACAUGCAAAACUUUGGAAUGUCAUUGAGCGUGCUUUUGGUGCUUUGAAAGCACGCUUCCCUAUAUUGAAGAGGAUGGCACCAUUCCCAUUUGUGACACAAAGAAACAUUGCCAUGGCAUGCUUCUCGCUUCAUAAUUAUAUAAGGAAAGAAGGAUUGAGUGAUGAGUAUUUCGCACGAUACGAUGAACCUAAUGUCCCGUUUCAAAAUAACAAUGUGGCCAUUGAUGAUGACGAAGACGGGAUUCCAACACAUGGUACUGCAGCAGACCGUGACUAUAUGACUCAGUUAUGGGAUGAAAUUGCUGAUCAGUUGAUGCAUAAUAUAAAUUGA